AUGACUGUGGGAGUUUUAAACAGCACGACUGCGAGCACAGCGCAAGAUCACAUCGAUACGAACAUCGCGCGGCUGCAAACGAUCCUGGAGAAGCCAUCGCAUGUCCCCAACUACGAAAUUUUCGAAGAUCAGAGCGACAUGGACGCAACGAAUCGGGAUUACGAUCGAAAGUUGCACUGCGUGACAAGUACGGAUCGCGAGCACUACACUUCGAUGGUUUACUCUUGGGGCCGUUUUCUUGAGCUUGAUGAUCAGGCACUAAUCGUGGCGAUCAACAUCUUCGACAAGAUGUUCACCGAGUACAGAAUUCAACCGAAUCGUGACAUUUGCCCCUAUCAGUGCCUCAAAGUCAAAGCCGGAAAGCGAAAAACCAGCCCUUGCAGUAUUUGCACUGUCUUCAAGUCAAUGGUGACGUAUGAUUUGAUGAUUUGCGCGUUGCUACUCGCUGGGGAAAGGUUUUUCACGGUCGAGUACGGCUACCCAACUCAAGCUGCUGCGAUAAGUCACAUGCUUGAAUUCCUCAACCCGAUCGAUGUGCUAUACGACAACAACAACCAGCACAAGUUCAAGGAGCUGCGGAAGAUCUCGUACGUCCAGAAUCUGAAGCAGCAAAUAGUCAAAUUUCUCAAUAACCACGCUUAUGAACCAACGCCGGCGUUCGAGUUCAUGAAGAUCUUCACUUCCCUGCUACAGCCCUAUAUUCCUGAAGCUUCAAUCGAGCGGCUACUGUAUAAACUGGCGGAGACGCACAAAUGGACCCAAUGCUUGAAACACAAGCAUCAAUUACUGGCACUUAUGCUCGUCCGAAAAGAAAUCAAAACAAUCGACUCGCCCUGCGCCAAGGAGACCUUUCAACUUAUCAUCGAUUUUCUAAUGAUCUCCGAAACGGACCUGGAUAGAUGCGAAAAGGUGUACGAAGCUUGCAAAUAUGAAGCAAAAAACAAAGAGCGACAAAAUAAGACGCAAAUUAUGGACAUGAUCAAGCACAACAUGUAUUUCUCGCAGACCAGCCGACGCACCAAGCUCAAAUUCAAGAGUGACGUCCGUUUAACCGAGCGAAAGCAGCUGUACUACACAACUGUUUACUCUGGGUCGAAGCCAAAAAUGAUCCGUCUGGAUCCCCCAGCUGAAAAGGAGGAAGACACUUAUUACGAGGAGCUGCGCAACAGCCCAGUUUCUCAAAUGGAGACUUCCGAAGCUGAAGAAACGCCCAAAGCGAGCUCGCCAAAAGCGAGUCUGGCACUGGUCGCCUGGAAGCCCUCGCCGUUGAUGCUGCUCCCCGACUUGGCUGCUAGAAACGCUAGAAUCAGCAACAUCGUGCCCAAAUCAAGCCCAAAAUCAACGGAACCAGCAGCCACGGUUGAACUACCCACGGCGCAAGGAAAAUCUUCCAAUUCCUAA